AUGCAUACCGUCAUGGAGCACCCCCUGGACGUCACCGCCUUCAGGCCGCGCGAGCCCCCACCUCCCAAGAUGCCUCUCCUCGACAACUGCUGCCGCUGCGGCACCCUCCGCACCGGAACCAUCAUCACUGGCUCGCUCGGAAUCGCGUUGGGGGUGAUUGGGCUUGUUUCUGUACUAACAGUAAAUAAGCUUCAUGCCAAUACCAUACUCAUUGAACUACCAGAGACAGUCGUUCGGAUUAUUUUGGCGGUUAAUAUGGUCAUGACGAUAUUCAUAUCGUCUCUUCUCAUCUUCGGUGCGAUCAAGAGGAACCGCUGGCUGAUGCUCCCCUUCGUGGUGCUUGCGUUGAUGCUGGCCAUCGGGAUGCUCAUCUCGGUCCUCUACACCUCGGUGGAGCACUUUGUCAAGAAGGACCCCAUCUUGGGCAGCUGUUGGCUCAUCUUCGGCCUCAUCGGCGUCGUGGUGCACGUGUACCUGUGGUGCGUGGUGUUCAGCUACUACCAGAUGGUGCGCGAGGAGCGCGGCCGGGGACCCUACGGCAAGCCGCCCUACCCUCAGCCCCGGUAG